CACUUUGUCACGUUUUUUGCAGAACAUCCUUUUGAUUGCCGAUCGCCGAUCGCUUCCCGCGGCCGUCCGCCGCUCGCUUCCGUCAUGGCGGAAGCUCCGGGAGGGUGGCACUGCGUCGUUGUGGAACACUUCAGCGUCCGCUUGGAAGUGGGAGCGAAACCGACAGCAAUUCAGGGCAGAUGUUCAAUUAAAAACAGGUUUGCACAAGAUGACGCCUAGAUCCGCCAACUGUGCAACAUGUCCGCCUUUUACAAUCAUGUUGAAGUCAUGGCGGUUUUCUAUUUUUGAAGCGUAUCCAUUGGGGAACACAAGUUUUUUCCUGCUAUGCCGUGACUUCCGCGGCGUAGUUGGAAGACGGUAUGAGACCGAUGAUUUCAACUCGAUCAUGUUUCUUUUCUCCGGCUUCAGAUGGAGAAGCGGCGGACAUGCUGGUUAUCCGAAUCGGUGGCUGCACAUGGUCGGCCUCAAAUCCAACCCGUGGACCCCGCUCCUUCUCGCUUUCACGAUGGCCCUCCAAGGCGGGUCAGGGCCCCCGACAGCACACCAAGUACCGUGCACAGUCCAGCUGUGGUGGUCCCCCACAGGGCCUGAUCUUCCGAUUCUCACAGGUGGACCAGCUGCGCACUCGUUUGGUCCAGAUGCCGGAGCUCCAAGACGUCGCCCUACCACGGCUGCCUCCCAAGGCCACGUUUCGCUCCCUGGUGUCGGGGCGUUUUGAUGACAACUUCCUCCAGGAGAGGCAGGGUCUUUUGACGAAGUUCUUCGAAGACCUGGCAUCUGCGCUGAACACCAAAUACGCAGAGGUGGGCAACGUCGCGGAGCUCUGCGAGCCACUGGCCGAGUUUCUGGCAGCUGCGUCCCGUGCGGGGGAUGCAGCAGAGUUGGAGGCAGUCGCAGCAGUGGAGGCGGCGAUGCGGAGAGAGGAAGAUCGGCAGAUCAUCGCCACGCAGAACGCGGAGUACGAGGAGAGCCUUCGGCAAGAUGAGCUUCGACGCAUCGAAGAGGCUGAGAAGGCCGAACGGGAGCAACAAGCGGCCAUGGAGCAGGCGAAACGUCAAGAGGAGGAGGCGGCGCAGGCUCGAGAGCAGGAGGAGGCCUUGAAGCUUCGAAGGGAGGCCUUCGAGCUCGCACACCCCGAACCGCAAGCAGGAGAACCCCAGGCGAUGAUGCGCUUCCGGGCGCCUUCGGGCGCGACGCUGCAGCGGUGCUUCGGGGAGCUGGAGCGGGUGGCGGUGCUCUUCGAGUUCGUGGCACUGGCGGAGUGGGAUGGGCCCAAGACGCGCCACUUCGACCUCAGGACCUCGUUCCCCGUGACGAACCUGAAAGGCUUAGAGUCCCAGAGCCUCAGGGAUGCCGGGCUGUGUCCUUCCGCCACAUUGUUAGUGGCAGAGGAAACUUGAGUGCAGCGCAGCACGCGUCACCAAGGGGUGGCCGUGGCAGGGUUUGAGGGGUUCGGGACGUCUGACGCGUGACCACCUGAGAUGGCUCA